GAUCGUUUUCCAAACCUGAAGAAAAAGAGGGCCACUUGAAGGUAUUUAAUGUACGGAGUCCAUCCAAUCUCCAUCGCCAUCUGUCUUCUUCGUUUCGCACGCAACCAGGGUCAAUCGCCGGAAAGCUUCGCUAGGCAUCGUCGAGAAAGCUUCGCCGGAAAUCUUCACCGGAAAGUUAUAUCUUCGUCAAUCGAGGUAGGGAUCAAGGAUUAGACGAGGAGCAGCCGGGAGGACAAAUGGAUCCUAUCGUUAAUUAUGACAAUGAUCAUCACUCUGAGGAUGGGAGCGUGCAACAGAACGGCCACCAGAAUAUGAACAUGAACCAGAACGUCCCACACCAAGAGGCGCCGAAUGGUGGGCCUGUUGGGGUUACCCAGAUCGACCAUGCGAUGAUGAUGCAGCUCCUACAGCAAGUUCUGAUCAUGAAUCAGAAUGCCUUAGCGCACGUUCGACAACCGGAACCGAGGAUCGCGCUCGAGAAACUGAAGAAAAACGGCGCUGAAGAAUUCCUAGGCGAGAACAUCGCCGACCCAUUGAUUGCAUUUAGAUGGAUAGAGCGCAUACAACGGGUAUUCGAGAAUUUGAAGGUUCCAGCUAGCGAGUGGGCCGAUUUUGUGGUCAUGCUUUUACAGAGUAAUGCGUACGAGUGGUGGAAGCGCACUACUCGAAAUGCGAAUAAUCUAGCAAAAGUGACGUGGGCGUACUUUGAUCAAGUGUUCAGAGAGGAGUACAUUCCCGAGUCGUUUGUGGAAGAGAAACGAGAAGAGUUUCUACAGCUCGAGAUGGGUACGAUGAGUCUUCCCGAGUAUCGUCAGAUGUUCGACCAUCUCACUGAGUUCGGCUAGGACUUGGUGAACACCACCAAACGUCGUUGCGAUAGGUUCGUGAAGGGCAUGCGCCCGAAACUUCAGAAGCACGUGUCUACUGCAUCUAGGCAAGACUUUGGUGAUAUGUACGAACAGGCCAAGGAAGUGGUUCGAACUAAAGAAGGAGUGAAUCAGAAGAACAACCAACAAUCAACUAAGACAACUAUG